AUGCAGCUCUUCAUCCUCUUACUUCUUCAUCAUCUCACCUCUUCAUCCUCUCACUUCUUCAUCAUCUCACCUCUUCAUCAUCUCAGCUCUUCAUCAUCUCACCUCUACAUCAUCUCACCUCUUCAUCAUCUCACCUCUUCAUCCUCUUACUUCUUCAUCAUCUCACCUCUUCAUCAUCUCACCUCUACAUCAUCUCACCUCUUCAUCCUCUCACUUCUUCAUUAUCUCACCUCUUCAUCAUCUCACCUCUUCAUCAUCUCACCUCUACAUCAUCUCACCUCUUCAUCCUCUCACUUCAUCAUCUCACCUCUUCAUCAUCUCACCUCUUCAUCAUCUCACCUCUACAUCAUCUCACCUCUUCAUCAUCUCACCUCUACAUCAUCUCACCUCUUCACCUGCUUAAACAGCUUUACUGGCGAAGGGCGGCGGCUCGGUAAGCGCGCGCUGCUGGGUGCGUGUCCCGCGCGCUGCGAUCAGUCCCGCUGUCCCGCGCACCCGCGCCGCUGCUCCACCGAGCUCGUGCUGGACGCGUGCGGCUGCUGCGCGGUGUGCGCGUCCGCUGAGGGAGACGGGUGCGCGCGCAGCGGCGGCGCGCGGCGCCUCGGGGACCCGGUGUGCGCGCGCGGGCUGCUGUGCGUGCCGCGGCCGGCCACGCGCGUCCCUGGUGGCGGCGGCGUGAUUGGAGGAGGGGGAGUGUGCGCGUGCCCGAGCGAGGAGCCCGCGUGCGGCAGCGACGGAGUCUCGUACCGGAGCGCGUGCGAGCUGAAGCGCGUCACCGAGCGCGCGCAGGAGCUGCAGCAGUCGCCCGUGCUGCUCGCGCGCAAAGGUGCGUGCACGGAGGUCGUUCAGGAGAAGCCGAGCAGUCUGAGAUAUAAAUACAACUUUAUCGCUGAUGUAGUGGAGAAAAUCGCACCAGCCGUUGUUCAUAUCGAACUUUUCCGAAAGAUGGUUUACAGUUUGAGAGAACGAGCUGUAGCAACUGGUUCAGGAUUUAUCGUAUCUGAUGAUGGACUGAUCGUCACUAACGCCCACGUCAUCGCCGAUAAGAACCGAGUGAAGGUGGAACUGAAAAAUGGAGAAUCAUACGAUGCCAAAAUCACAGAUAUUGAUGAGAGACUGGAUAUCGCUCUGCUGAAGAUCGACUGUCCGAAUAAACUUCCUGUGCUGAAAUUGGGCAGAUCAGCUGAUCUCAGACCAGGUGAGUUUGUGGUUGCGAUCGGCAGUCCAUUCUCCCUUCAGAACACCGUAACCACCGGCAUCGUCAGCACCACCCAGAGAGGGGGCAGAGAGCUGGGACUGCGCAACUCCGACAUGGACUACAUCCAGACCGACGCCAUCAUUAAUUAUGGAAACUCAGGAGGACCUCUGGUUAAUCUGGAUGGUGAGGUGAUCGGAAUUAAUACUUUGAAAGUAACUGCAGGAAUCUCCUUCGCAAUUCCCUCCGAUAAAAUCAAACAAUUCCUCACCGAAUCGUACAGCAGGCAGGCCAGAGGUCGUGUAACAGCUAAGAAGAAAUAUAUCGGGAUCCGGAUGAUGACGCUGACCCCCGAGUUGGGAAAAGAACUGAAACAGAAGCUGGGUGAUUUUCCGGACGUUACGUCUGGUGCCUACGUUGUUGAGGUCAUCAGUAAAACUCCUGCUGCAGUUGGUGGGAUGAAGGAGAAUGACGUUAUUAUUUCAGUAAAUGGUGAGCGGAUUAGUACAGCGGCGGAUGUGAGCACCAUCAUUAACUCUCACGUUGUUUUACAAAUUGUUGUUCGACGUGGUAAUGAAGACGUUCUGCUCAAUGUCAUUCCCAUAGAGAUUGACCCUUGACCCCUACUCUUUGUUAAUGGACUAACUGAACUGAGCUAAAGUUACUCCCACCAAUCAGAGAUGAGCUUCAUAUAUUUAGAUUUAUUAUAUUUUACUGUUUUCUUGAAAAGUUUAUUAUUAGACUAAAUGUUUAAAACAUUUAAAUGAUCUUAAAUGAAAUAUAAUUCAAAUAAUAAGUUCUCAGCGUAAGCAUGCACAGCAACGUGAAUAAAAACUAUAUUAAAAAAUAUAUUUAUUAUACAAUCAUUUGUUUUGUUGUUUAUUAUUAUGAUAAAUAAAAGUAAAAUG